GCGUCGCGCCAGUCGCAGCAUGGGGGACCAGGAGCAACAGGAAACGAUGCCAAGCGUGGUAGAGUUGAACGUGGGCGGCGUCUUCUACACCACUGCCUUGACUACGCUGACCCGCGAGAGCGAUUCGCACUUGGCCGCACUCUUCACUGGCAAAUCCGCCGUGGAAAAGGACGCCAAGGGCAAGUAUUUUCUGGACCGCGACGGCGUGCUCUUCCGCUACGUACUGGACUUCCUGCGUAAUCAGGCGCUCGUCCUACCCGAGGGCUUCCGCGAGCGCGAGAGGCUGAAACAGGAGGCAAACUUCUACGGCCUGCCCGGCCUGGAGAAGGCGAUUCUGGAGAACGCCGAUUCCGGCGGGCAGACCGGCGGGGCGAUCGGCAAGCGCACGCCAGGGUACAUCACCAUCGGCUACCGGGGCAGCUUCGCCUUCGGCCGCGAGGGCCUGGCCGACGUCAAGUUCCGCAAGCUCUCGAGGAUCCUCGUGUGCGGCCGCGUGGCGAUCUGCCGGGACGUCUUCGGCGAGACGCUCAACGAGAGCCGCGAUCCCGACCACGGCAUGUCCGACCGCUACACGUCGCGCUUCUUCCUCAAGCACAGCGUCAUCGAGCAGGCCUUCGACAUGCUGCAGGAGCAGGGCUUCAGGCUGGCGGGUAGCUGCGGCUCCGGCACCGCCGGGAGCAACUCCGAGCAGCUCAAGCCUGGAGUGGACUCCGAGGAGAACCGCUGGAAUCAUUAUAACGAGUUCGUCUUCGUGCGCGAUUAAAGGGUCUCUCGCGCGCGAGCAAGUUGUACUCUGCCUGAGCACCCGCUGGCGGCUCGCGUCUCGCCAAAGUCGCGGGUCGCCGCGUCUGCAAUCGCCGCGCGAGGAAAGACUCGCUCGGUUGCCUCCAUCGAUUCAGGUCGAGGAAUUCGCGAGGACACGUGUGCCUAACGUGCGAGCGAACGGGAAUCUCGUUUCUAGCUUGUUCCAUGGCGCAUAAUGAGGCCGCUGUGCGAUAUCAAGAUCGAACGGGACUUCGGACGAGAGCCAAAAGUUUCGCCAAGUUCUUACAAUUAAUUUCGUCCCGUGAGAAAAUUUCCCAGUCACGGCCUGUCAUCAAUCAACGCUGACGUAACAGGAAUUUGGGACACUUUGGACACCGAGAGAGUACCCCAACAUCGUCAGCCUCCCGAAACGUCGUAUUCCGACAUUUUUCCCCCUUUUUAAUCGACUCUUUUACCGGGAGAUGAGAAAGCUGGCUAAGACACGACGAAGAUAGAUAUCCGAGAACUGUCGUCUUUCGAUAGUACCCUCGUCUAAAACAUUGACAGCGCUGAAAUAACGAGGAAUUGGAUUGUCGUAUUAAGGAGAACCCAUGAGCUCGUCGAGCGUGAUCGCGCGCGUUCGGGGCUGCGUUUCGUUUUUCAAAUCCGGACGUAACGCGGCGAGUCGCGAGCGGCAAGUCGACGUCGGACUUGAAAUUAAUCAAUGUCAAAGCGUGAUAAUCCAGGGGACGUGACAGGUCGUGUUGAAGCCAAGGACGUCCCGUUAAAUUCGUGACUGUAUGUUUUCUAUGUGUAAGACUAGAUACUCAACUGUAAAUGAGUUUGACCCGCAACUGUACAAAUAGAAUCUAAAACUCUUCCGACCGCGGCGCGCCGAGAUCCUCCGUAAUCGGUGCGCGCCGACGGCAGUAAGAAAAUUGCCAUUUCCGACGAAAGUCCGACGUGCUCCUAUCUGGGGCCCGUUGCGACGGAGAAACGUUUAUUAAAAAGCAGUCUCGCGUAAAUCCACGAGAUGAAAGACGCCAAUAUCGGGCGUUUUUCAUUGCCAGUGGACGCGAAAUAAGACGGUGAAUGGAACGUGCGCAAGAAAAGCGGAUCCGGGUGAAGGGAUGAUGUUGAAAUAUCUACGGGCGAACGCGACUUGGCCACUUAAAGAGGUAACAAUGUCAGAUACGUCAGUGAUAAAUGUCCCCGGAUCCAACGGACGAGAGAAUGUAAGGAGAAGCGCGUAAAUGCAAAACGGACUUGACGUGGAUACCGAGUAUCGGCUGCUAUUUAAAAUCAGAUUGAACGAAUGACGCAAUAACGCUUGCGUGAGUUUCAUUCGCGCCUGACGCGCGAGGAAAUUAAAGGUGAUGAAAAACUUCAAUUAUCGUCUGAUAACGAGGCCAUUAUUUAAAGAAAGUCUCCGGUGCUAGUACGCCGAGUAGUUAGUCUUGAUAAACGGUCGGGCCGAGUAGUCGCUGCUAGAUGACGGUCAGACCGAGUAGUCACCGCUGAUCGCUAGUCGGACCAAGUAGUUAGCGGUACGCUAGAGUCGGACCUUUUCUUUAAGUAGAAAAUACACCGCGGUGAGAGGAGACGCGGCGAGGAGCGACGUGGACAUCGAUAUCUGGCGAGUCACCCCCUUCAACCCCGUAUAAAUUCGGCUUAAAUAGAUGAUCCUCGAUGGGCGGAGCGACUUGUCGAAUGCGUGUACUUACAACCCGACACGAUGUCAAACGCGCUAUUCGAAAGACGGGGAAUGCCCGGGGAUACGCGUCCUCUUCUAUUGGCUUUUUCGUCACAUUUUUUAAAACCCGUUUUUAAAAAUGCUCCAUGCGCCUUACUAUUUUUUUUCCCCCCUGGAAAGCGGAACGUGUACAUGUGGGAGGGUGGGGGGCAAGCGAUUCAUAACUUUCGAUCUGUUGAUUCGCGGAAAUAUCGGGACACGACGGAAAGCGAAAUGUUGUUAUAAAUUUAUGACAGCGAGUUCCACGUCGUAAAUCAGUAUACCCGUAAAAACAUCUAGAUAAUCGAGAUAUCUUUCUCCCACUUGAAUGCAAUUGUGUUUUACGAAAUACAAUGGGGAAAGACAUUUUUCGGGCGUAGAAAAAGAGUUUGCGAAUUAUGAAGGAUCGACCGCUAUUAUUUCUCUUAUUUUCGUUAAUUUUUAUUGUCAAAAUUUUAUUUCAUAAAUACUUGUUGCUACUUUUUAACCGAUACUCUUUUGCUAGUUUUCAGUCGAGUAUUUUUACUAAAAACAAAAAAAAAAAUACUGCUCGGGACGAAAAAUGGCGAAUGCUUUUUAAACGUAUUUUUUUUUGGCAACUUUCUCGCUAUAGUAUUUUGAUUCGCGAAUUUCGGGACGCACGGUAUAGGUCUUUUAGCUUUUUGUUUUAUUAUACUAUGGGAUUAACAUACAAAAUGGCAGAAUUUUACUUGAGACUGUUUAAUUAUUUCGCGCUGAGAUAUUGUUUAUUCAUAUACCUGUUAAUAUUAAUAACUGCUUGCAUAUGCGAGAAGAUGAGAGAAUCGAAAAACAUUCGUCGCGAUUAUGAUCUUGUUGCAACAGGUUAUCAUGUAACAGACAAUGUUUAGCGAUUGUUCCGAAGAGUGCCGACGGCGCUGAACAGACGGGACAGAUAUCGAGUUUCGCGUUAGCUUCUCGUUAUCGUAGAGAGCGUACAGUGUGUCGAAGAUUUUCUUAAAAAUAAUGGAGAUAACAAAUCCUGUAUCGUAGCACUGUCUCAUAUAUCGUUAUCAUUACGGUACUUAUUAUUAUGGCGAUGAAUGUGUAGAAUCACAAAUAAAUAGCGUUAUCUCAGCUUUAAAUGCACACAUUUAACGUUUCGUAACUUGUUAGCAGAAUCAAAAUUGUGUAUUCGCGACGGAUUUAUUGCCACGAAGAUCGCACUGAAAAAAAUUUCUGGUUG